CUCCCGGAAGUCGCGUUGUGAGAGCGCGGCGGACUGAGUAGCGCACCGGCAUGGCGGCCCUCGGAGUGCCCCGGUGGCAGCGCUUGUGGCGCCGCGCGGCAGCUCCCCUCGGGGUGCAGCGCCCAGGGCGCGCCCUGCUGGGGAGCCGCAGGUACGGCCAGGACGCGGGCUCAGAGGCCGACAAAAAGAAGUCAGAUGUCACAAAGCCUUGUUUUACGGAUGAACUUGUUCAGAGCUUACUCUCUAAGAUGACGGGGUUGGAUUUGCAGAAGAUUUUUAGACCCAUUAAACAGGAGCUUAAACCACCCACUUACAAAUUAAUGACAGAAAAACAGCUAGCAGAGGCCACAAGAAAAGCCAUUGGGGAAGCUAAAGAACUAUUAAAAAUGCCCCCGGUUCUGAGUGAGCGAGAGCCAAUUGAUGAUGUGUUGGCAGAAGACAGGAUCCUGGAAGGAACUGAAACUGUCAAAUAUGUGUUUACUGAUAUAACUUAUAGCACUCCACACCGUGAGCGUUUCAUUGUAGUUAGAGAACCAAGUGGUGUAUUACGUAAGGCCACCUGGGAAGAACGGGACAGGAUGAUUCAGGUGUACUUCCCGAGAGAAGGACGCAAACUUGUUCCACCACCAAUAUUCAAGGAUGAAAACCUUACGACUGUGUUUCGUGAGGACCGUCAUGAAGAUGUACUUAACCUGUGCAUUGCACAGUUUGAGCCAGAUUCAGCUAACUAUAUCAGAGUUCAUCAUCAGACGUAUGAGGACAUUGAUAAACAUGCCAAAUAUGAUCUUCUACGUUCAACAAGACACUUUGGAGGAAUGGUGUGGUAUUUGGUAAAUAGGAAGAAGACAGAUGGCUUAUUAAUAGAUAUGAUCCAGAGAAAUUUAAUGGAUGAUGCUACAUGCUUAAUCAACCUCUAUCAUAUGCUCCACCCUGACUGUCAAUCAGCAAAAGCAGCAAAAGAACAGGAAGUUCAUGGAGUAGAUUUAAUCAAGGUGUUCAUGAAAACAGAAUCAAAGAAGAUAGGAUAUAUAGAGCUGGCUCUUCAGGCUUAUCAAGAAGCACUGGCUAGUUCAGCAGCUUUGUGAAAUAAAAGCCUCAUUUAAUCAAGUGUUAAAUUUCAGGCUAUCAUUAACUUGUGGGAAGUACAAAAUGUGGCUAGUGCUGUAUAGAACUCUAAAAUAAAACACGAGUGACUGAG